AUGACUGCACCAACUUUAGAAGACGCAAGAGUCGCUGUUAAGCAAAAAGAUGUUGCCAAAGCUGAAGAACUUUACCAACAAAUCAUUUCAACAAAACCAUCUACACAUGAUUUCUCCAAUCAAGAAACUGCAAUCUUUGAGUUAGGUGACCUUUACAAAAACGAAAAAGCCAAAGAAAAACUUACAAAAUUCAUUCCAGAAGCAAGAUCAGUCAUAAGUAGCUUUGCUAAAUCAAAAGCUGCUAAGACAAUUCGUUAUUUGAUUGAUUUGUUUGACCAAAUUCCAGAUGCAACAGACUCUCAAAUCGCUGCUUUGAAAGACUCAAUUGCAUGGUCUGUAAAGGAAAAAAGAUCAUUUUUGAACCAGUCAUUACGUUUAAGACUUGCUACAAUCUAUUUUGAAAAGAAACAAGCUUACCAAAAUGCCCUACAAAUUAUCAACGAACUAUUAAGAGAAUUCAAGAAACUAGACGAUAAACCAUCUCUUGUUGAGGUCCAAUUAUUAGAAGCAAAGGUAUAUCAUUCUUUAAGAAACUUGGCUAAAGCAAGAGCUGCAUUGACAUCAGCUAGAACAUCAGCCAAUUCCAUUUAUUGUCCAACAUUGACUCAAGCAGAAUUGGACAACAUGAGUGGUAUUUUACAUGCUGAAGAUAAAGAUUACAAAACUGCAUUUUCAUACUUCUAUGAAGCUUUUGAAAGUUACAACACACAAAGCGAUGAAAAAAAUUCAAUCAGAGUCUUGAAAUAUAUGUUGUUAUCCAAGAUUAUGCUCAAUUUAAUUGAUGAUGUUAAACAAAUAUUGUCUUCCAAAUAUGCAUCCAAAUAUACCUCAAAAGAUAUUGAUGCCAUGAAGGCCGUAUCUCAAGCAUAUGCUAACAGAUCUUUGAAAGAGUUUGAACAAGCUUUGUUUGUCUACGGCAAAGAACUAUCUUCUGAUCCUAUAAUUAAAUCUCAUUUCAAUGCUCUUUAUGACACUUUGUUGGAACAAAAUUUGGUUAAAUUGAUUGAACCAUUUUCAGUUGUCGAAAUCUCCCACAUCUCCAAAAUGAUUGGCCUCGAUAUAAAACAAGUUGAAGGUAAAUUAAGUCAAAUGAUUUUGGAUGAAGUAUUUUAUGGUGUUUUGGAUCAAGGUAAUGGUUGGCUAUAUAUUUAUGAUAAACCAAAAGUUGAUGCUACAUAUGACUCCAGUUUAGAAUUGGUUAACCAUAUGUCUGAUGUUGUCGAGUUACUUUAUGAGAAAGCUGCCACAUUGAACUAA